AUGGCUUACCUGGACAGCAGCCGGCUUGCGGCAAGCCCCCUACAGGCCGCUUACACCAAGCUCCUGGAGCAUUUGAAAAGAGACACACUGAUUGAGCUCUUGUCCCGUGAUCUGUCCGUCCUGCUGGACCUGGCGCCCCUGCACGUGACAGCUGCAACGGAGUGGAACACGUUCGCAUUGCUUCAUAUCUACUUGUCCGAAAUCAAGCCGCACCAGAUGGAGGAGAUUCCGCCAGACAAUCUUGUGUGCAAAGGCGUGUCGGUUGCCGGGUAUACAUCUGAGCGCAUGCUGGACAUGAUCAAACGUCACACCCCAUACGCAUCUGGACGUGACAUCGAGGGCCUGAAGUUUUUGCGUGGCUUGGACGGACUAGUCUCUGCAACGAUGAAAGAUCCCAGGGAGUUCUCAACUACCUAUGUGCCGGCAUGUCCUGUGGGCGCUGCGGCAUUUGGAGUUUCAGCCGCCAUGUUGGCCCUGAUGUCCAAUCCUUCCCUCUUUGAGCGCUUCAGCAAUAUGGCCCAUGGGAUAAUGCGGUCCUUCACCCCGGAGAUCCUCAGGGCUGCUGCAGUUUGGGGAGUUUUUCAUGGAUUGGCAAAGAUGGGAAUGUUUGCCCUUCGCUCCUACGACCUUGUGUGGUCCUCCGACGAACUUUGCGAGCUACCUGCCGAGCCGCACGCUUUUGACGCUUUGCGACUGGAUCCUGCCUUGAGGUUGACACACCUAUCUGCAAAUGCUGGAAAGCACGGACACUCGUUAACUCGGCUGGUUACUUCGUUCCUGGCGCAGUUGAAAUCUGUGCAAGAAGAUCCAGAGGUAAUGGUUUACGUGACUGCUGUUGGUGGCCUGCCUUUUGCGAACUACAUUACGGGAUUCAUCAAGCGCGCUUUGGUGGUUGGCCUGCCGGCGCUGAUCGUGGCGUGCAUGGACCAGGAUGCGUUUGCCAAGUGCAACCAGGCUGUUGCAGAUUCGAAGCUGGACUUGUUUCGCGAGUCCCCAAAAGAAACGACGGUCCUGUGCGUCCCGGCGGUGGAAGGACACGUGAUCUACAUCAAGCAUGCCUUCCUACCGAUGCUACUCAGCGCUGCAAUAGACACGGUUUGGAUCGACUUUGACACCUUCAUCUUGCAGGAGCCCUCGGCUCAGCUGCGGGCGGCGCGCGAUGCGCCGGUGCGAGUCCUGCCACAACGCUCGCGAGUUCGAUUUGGCUCCUUCUUGUUCGACAACAAGACGGACCUGUGCUCCUUGUCAAAGAUCUGCGACCCGAGGCAGUACUGGUCGUACAAUUUGACGUCCACGACCCCAGAAUCUGCAUUGGACCAUCAGGGAGUCGAAGUCUUAGUCACGGAACAUUGGGAUGCCCGCUGCCUGAACAAUGGCCUGUUCUAUGUACGCGCAACAUAUCGGACGUUGGUGUUUUUCGCCCUAUUCUUGAGACAAAUCUAUGUGAACCCAUACACCGACAACCAAAAUCUGUUUGAUGCCUUUCUUGCCCAUUCCACCGUGGACUCUGCAGUGCCAGAAGCCAGACCUAUAUUGAACUACGCAUUGCUGGACAUCGAAAAUAAGUUUGGCUGUGCCGAAGGCCACGUCAACGAAGCAGCCCCGGGGCAUGAAGACGGCUUGAGCACCUUUCAUUUCUGGGCGUCGGACUUCCGAACGCGCGAGGCCGCGGGAGAGGAGAACUCGACCGCUGCCCGCAUCGUCAACCGAAAUGGGGUGGAGCGCGUGGCCAAGGUUCGGGCAGGAAAGGAUGACUUAUUCGAGAUCUUCUUUGGACCUGCUGCCCAAGCAGCUUAUGCAAACGGUGUGCCGGAAGCCGGAGCUGCCUUUAUAAAACAAGUUCGAGCGCCGAAGCCGAACUGGAAAGGCAUGUGUGCUGUUACGGCCGUGGGUGUGGAGGAGCUCGUGGAUGAACGCAUGCUCCAAGGUGAACAGACACUCAUCGACUGGCAGGCUGCUACUUAUGUCACCGACGUCGCCGAGACCGGGCCUUUGGAGCCCCUCGAGCUCUCCGAUCCCGUCGCGUCGACAUCGGGAUGCGAUCGAGCGCCACGUUGUGUGGACAUACCCUUGGAGGAGUGGACCUCAGCGUUGAAAAGCGUCGGAGAGCUUGGAAGCGUUCUGGACGAGGCAGAGAUGUCGCAGCUCAAAGCUCGGCUCCGAAGCUUGGAUGUUGGGGUUUUGCUGACGGCUCGGGCCUUCAAAUUCACGGGUCAGCAGACCUUGGCCAGAGAGCUCCGGGAGGUGCUGCGCCACCCGCAGACAUCCGCCACUUGA